AUGGAGUAUCGUUUAUCGAAGGAAAGCGUGCCCUCACGCUUGUAUCGAAUUAAUUAUCCCGGUAGCCGAACAGGUUACUCUGAGAGCGAGGGCUUUAUUGCUGCACAUCGAAGGAAGACCUAUGCGGACCAAGCAAACUCUGAGUUUGAGACAGAUAUCGUGAAACAAUUCACCUGGGAGUGUAGGGAUCCUGUUCCAUUUAUCAGCCUCUUCUCCGAUCGCGAGCAUGCAGAGAAUUGGGGGCUAAAACAACCCUGGCGGGGCAAGGCGCCGUACCUCUCGCGCAGUAAUUGGGCCCUUUACGUUAUCGAUACAAAUCGCUUAGAAGAUGCCUGCUUCUUCAGGCUGCAGGAUCUAGUUAAAGAUCUUGAAUUGAGACUACCAGAUAAGGCGGAUCAGCACAUCAGUGGCACUUAUCUAUGCCUUCAUAACAUCCCGUCAGCCGCUAUCGUUGAGAAAAUUGAUCCAGAACAAGUCAAAAAAGACAGGGACAGCCGGCUGGCCAUGAAGAGAGUAGAAGCAGCGGAGAAGUGGGACUAUCUUGAUGGUUCUGACAGUAGUGAGCGUGAGGCACUUCAGGAGAAUUGGAACACUAUUUUUGAGAAGAAUCUGGAAGACAGUUGGUGA